AUGUACGUCGCCAUGAGCUCCCCUCUGUCGUCUAUCGUACUUGUUCCAGGAGCAUGGCAUACGCCAGACUGUUUCGACCAAUUCCGCUCGGUGCUAUCCGAGCUGAAUCUAUCGAGCAGCGCGGUAGCUAAUCCUUCAGUAGGAGAUGCUACUGUCUCCAAAACGCUGACUGACGAUGUGGACAACCUUCGCUCUGUUAUUACCCAAUUAAUUGAACAAGAAGACAAAUUUAUUACUGUCCUAGCACACUCGUAUGGCGGCAUGGUCGCUUCGGGGGCUGUUAAAGACUUGGGAUACGCUGAACGAAAGCGGAUAGGCAAAAGAGGUGGUGUCGUCAUGGUUGUGUACCUAGCUGCUUGUGCAAUUCCUGAGGGUAUGACCGUCGUCCAGAGCUGUGGAGGAAGUCCUGCACCGUGGUGGGAGUACAAGGGCAAUCAAAUCUUCGCCAACGAUCGCAACAUCAGCAACCCAGCACAUACACUCUACAACGACCUGCCACCGACGAUGCAAGAGCAAGCCAUUUCGAAGCUCCAGCCGAUAAAUGCGGCAUGCUUCGACAUGCCAAACUCGUACGAGCCGUGGAGGGAUAUGCCAUGCACAUACAUUUUCGCAGAACGAGACAAUUGUGUCCCGCUACCGGGCCAGCAUUAUUUUGUCGGCUUGAUGGGGGACGGUGUUGCUACAGCGAGUCUGAGUACAUCCCACUCGCCGUUUCUUAGCCAACCCCGUGAACUGGCUGCUCUGGUUCAGAGGGCGGUUCAUGAGGGGUUGAAGAAGGCGGGGGCUUUUGAUUAA